AGUGAGCCUGCAAUCAGUUUUAUAUUCCAUCAAAUUUCCGUUGGAACUCCUUUUUUCCCAUUUUUCUGUUCUUCUAAUCAGAAUAUGGAAAACACACAUUUGAGUCAGUGUCAUGGCGGUCAGCAUCAUGUCGGCUUGUUGUCGAGCGUCUGUUCUGUCUCUUCACCUCCUUGCCUGUUUCCUUCAGGUCUUCAGCCAAGGAGAAGUGUUUCGUCAGGCUCCUCAGGCCCACGCGGUGUUCCUCAGGUCCAAACGGGCCAACAUGUUCUUGGUGGAGGAGAUCCUGCCGGGGAACCUGGAGAGGGAGUGUUACGAGGAGCUGUGCAGCUUCGAGGAGGCGCGGGAAUGCUUUGAAGACUACGAGAAGACGACCGCCUUCUGGACCGUUUACUACGACGGGGACCAGUGUGAGUCCAACCCCUGCCUCAAUGGAGGGAACUGCACUGACAAAGUGGGGGGGUUCCUGUGCUCCUGCCCCGCCCCCCACUUCGGACCAGCGUGUGAACUGAGUGUGAAGGAACAAGUAGUACGACCGUCCUUUGCGCCACGAGAAAUCGCAGAGUGUCCGACCGACGGUCCGACAGCUUGUCACCAGCUGUGCACCGCCUCCCACUACUCCUUCACCUGCUCCUGCAUGCCGGGAUUCAAACUACAGGCCGACAAACGGAGCUGUCUGCCUGAAGUGGACUUUCCCUGUGGAAGACUUCCUGCCAAGUUCAACACAACUACGUCAAUGUGUCGCCAUGGACACUGUCCCUGGCAGGUGUCCCUGCUGAACAGUAGGGGGGUGGAGAUAUGUGCUGGCGUGGUGCUGGGUCGACGCUCUGUCCUGACCGCCGCUCGCUGCCUCUUCCUGGAUUCGGGGUCCGACCUCCAGCCCUCCAACUUGUAUGUGGUCGCUGGCAACGACAAGGUGGCAGUCCGUGUGCGGGCUCUGUAUGUCCAUGAUCGUUUCCGUUCAGAUCACCACCACGACAACCUCGCGCUCCUCGGGCUGUCCCGCCCCUUGACCUUCAGCCCCACCCUCAUCCACCUCUGCUUGCCCAACAAGGACUUCAGCGAAAACAUCCUGAUGCAUUCUGGGAGGACGGGCAUCACGGGGAGACGGAGGAGCAGACGGAACCAGGACCUGGUCUACAUGACGCUGGACGAGUGUCGCAGCCAGAUGAACGUCUCGCAUCCGCUCAGCAACAAAAUGUUCUGCAUGAGGACGCACAACGGACCUGUAGGGAAUCAAAAUGGAGCCCAGGAGAGACCCAGCGGACCUUCAGGGGACCGAAGUGUGGCACGGAGGAGGCGGAGUGGACACAGCGGCCGGAAUCAAACCCACAGUGGCCAGAGCGGUCAGAGCGGCGCCCGGCGGACGCCCAACGAAGAAAAUCAAAACACCCGCAGCUCAAACCAGAAGCCCUCAGUAUCUGUCAGCGGCUUGAGGUCAGAGGUCGGCAGCAGGGGAUGUGGCGAUCUGUUGAUGGGGUCGCCCGUUGCCACGGUGGAGCAGGGGACGGCGUAUCUGACCGGGUUGCUGAUGUCAUCAUCCGCAGGCUGCAACGACGGCAGCCACGUGUUCACCAAACUUUCCCGCUACUUGAGCUGGAUCAGACCGAGACUGGAGGUGGCCGAGGAUCACAUGAUCCCCCAAGUCAGCCAGUAUCCUGAGACUCGCUAACGACCCGCCGUCCGCCGCCACCUUUUAAACUCUUUGUAGACCUUUAAUUUUCUUCACUUUUAUGAACGAUUUCCUGUCUGCUCAUCAGACGCUCUGAGAUUUAACGAGUUUGAUUUCAGUCCUGGUUCUUGGUUUCUGCACCGACAUCCUGCAUUUAUUUAAAAUGUCAAGUAAUAAAACGAUGAAGCUUUUGCUAAAGUCGAGAUCA